AUGAAUACUUACUGUAUUAUUCGGAUGAAAAGACAAGGUUUAUGUGGCUUUAUAUGUUGGAUUGUGUAUGUAAUGUUAGUGGUCAGUGUCUGGGAGGUAAUGGAAGCUAAAGCGGCCCGACUAUCCUACACAGAAAUGGUAGAUGCUCUAAAUGAAGCCUUUGAUAUUUAUCUAGAUUUAGACAUAUGGGGGGAAAACAAACGAUCUCUUUUAGACUCUAACAUUACUCAAGAGAAUAAUGCUUAUUGCGUAAAUCUGCCUAAUUUCUACAUAGAUCUCUCUUAUAUGCACAUGCAUGCAACGUAUGUGCACUUACAAGCUUUUGAGGCAGUUUCCAAAAUUACGGCAACUGCGAUUAGAAUGGUUGGGGAUUUGCGCAAUCCUUGGAUCUUUGGUAAACUGCUGGUUCACUUACUGCUUGUGAUAGACGUUAAGGAGUUGUAUAUAAACAUUACAAACACACUUGGCAUCAGUCCUAUUGUUGCAAGACUUGUAUUAACUUCAGAGAUCCGGCAACGUCUGGCAGCUAAGCAUCCUAUUAGUCUAUGCGUAGUUAACGACCAAAUUGGUGUGUGCGCAAUUCUAUCCAUAAUCUAUAUGCAUGCGCCCCUUAAGUCACUGAGUAUUAGUAGUAUAAACCAAAGCCUGGGCUGGCCGUGCUCUGUCAACUGGACCGACGACUUCUCACUUGUGCUGUCGGUUGAUUGGCUACAGAAACAAGAUCUAGAGAACCUGCUAUUUGGUUGUGGCUUGUUAUGCUGUCAAAGCCUUACUAUCCAAAACUAUACUCCUCGAGGUCUUCAAACCACGCCGCAACAAGUGUACCAAAUGGUCAGCAGGUGCAAAGAUGAGGGCCUUUUCUGGUGCCGCCAGAUAAAAGAACUGACCAUGGAGUACGAAUUCUUUAUCUAUAUGUGCGCCUCAUUUGAAGCGAAUGUUCUGAUUCGCAGCGUUACCACACUUACCUUACUUGUUUCUUCACUUGAUAUUAAGAAUCUUAAGAAUGCUUGCCUUACAAAAUGUCAGGAUCUAUCUGCUCGGACAGUAGCAAAUAUUCAAUUGUUUGGGAGCUAUGAUUUACUUUGGGCCACAAACAUGCAGUGCUUUAAACUCUCUUUUCUUCAGCUGCUUAUACCCAAUCCACUCUCGGGCUUAAAUAAUGCCGACCAACUGGCUGAACCACAACAAUUAUUGGCCUCAUUUCAAAAGGAAUUCCUAUGCCACCACAUGGAGUUUAUCAAUAUUGAUGCUCUUGCCGUAACGGUGUGCUAUGCUGACCAUCAAGAUGCACUGGAAGUUGCUAUCUAUAAGCUCUUCAAUCAAAUAUCCGAAUCGCCGAAAGAUACCGCAUCAAUGGUAACUGCCCUCCUUAAGCACUGCACUGAGUCUGCUUGGUCAGCUAGACAGAAGCCGGGCAAGUACCUGUUUAAUAUCAGCAUAUUAAACUACUAUACGAAUGUCCGCUCAAUCUCUAAUGCGCUCUCUCAGAUAAAUGAGCUUCUAAAGCAAAAGCCUCAAAGAUU